AUGUGCACUGGAAAGUGUUCCCGCUUCGUGGGGCUCUCCCUCAUCCCCCUGUCCCUGACCUGCAUCGUGGCCAACACCCUCUUGCUGGUGCCUCAGGGCAAGACCACCUGGACCAACACCAGAGACCUCAGCUUGCAAGUCUGGCUCAUGGCUGGCUUCCUGGGCGGGGGCCUGAUGGUGCUGUGUCCGGGCAUCGCAGCGGUUCGGGCAGGGGGCAAAGGCUGUUGCGGUGCGGGCUGCUGUGGAAAUCGUUGCAGGAUGCUGCGCUCCAUCUUCUCCUCGGCCGUCGGGGUGCUGGGGGCCAUCUACUGCCUCUCGGUGUCGGGAGCCGGGCUCCGAAUUGGACCCAAAUGCUUAAUGGACCGCCGGUGGGACUACCACUUCAGAGACACCGCAGGCUCUUACUUGCAGAACCGGACUCUGUGGGAUUUGUGCGUGGAGCCGCCUGGCGUGGUCUCCUGGCAUGUGACGCUCUUCUCGCUGCUGGUGGCCGCCUCGUGCCUGGAGAUGGUGCUGUGCGGGGUGCAGCUGGUGAACGCCACCCUCGGGGUCCUCUGCGGCGAUUGCAGGAAGAAGGAGGUGGGGCGGCGAGGGCGGGAGCUGGAGCGAGAGGCUCCGUGCUCCCUGGCUGCGUCCUCACCUUCUCUUUUCCGCAGGGCGCCCCUCGCUGAGGCUGCGCUGACCCGCCUGCCCGCUCCUGGACGCGCGCCUGGCCCACCCCGCCCUGGAAAUAAACCUUUGAACCCUCGUGCGCGUCUCACACGGUGCCUUCAGUGGCCUGCCGGGACGCCUGAGCCCAAACCCGACUUUGGGCCUGGCCCAGUGUCGGGCUGGGAGGAAGGCAAGGAGACGCAGUUUCCUACCCCUGAAACAAGCCAGACCAGAGCCAAGACAGAGAAGCUUUAA